CCCAUGACAGACCAUGACAGAACAGUAACUGCAGCUGAGCAGAAAUUCUUUAAUGAGUGUUACACAGGACAUGUUCCUGUGAUAGUGGUGUUGACAAAGGUGGAUGCCUUGAACCUCACUGCAAUUAUGGAGCUUAUGGGUCAAGGUUUGGCCAUAACUGAGGCAGAGGAAAGGGCAGCAGAAAAGCAGGGAGAACUGUUGGGAAGAUGGCUUGGCUACAUAAAACAGGAGCUUGGCA